GCACGCACAAACACACACACACACACACGCACAUACACGCACACACGCACAUACACACACAGUGUGCUGUCACACACUGUCUGCCGAUGAGCUCUGUCAUGCAGUCGUUGCUUUCUCCAGUGAACAAGGCUAUUCUAGUAGCUCUGUUCAUCUUCGCCAUCCUCCUCAUCCUCUAUGUGAUCCUCUGGUACAUCUGUAGAGACGUGGACUGCGACCACGGCAUCUGAUCUGAUUAACACCACCGAAUAACGGAGGAGAGAGACCCGUCUGACAGAGGGUCACCCUGAGCUGGCCUUACAACAUGGCAGAGUUGCUAUAGUGACAGGAGGAGCCAGGGGAAUUGGCUAUGAGACCGCAAGACACAUGGCCAGCCUCGGGGCACACGUUAUCAUAGCUGGACAGAAUGAGCUGGAGGGUGUGUCUGCUGUGAAGAAGAUUUGUGAGGAGAACAGAGAGGCCAAAGUGGAGUUUGAGCAGUUGGAUCUGGCGUCUUUGCAGUCGGUCAGGCAAUUCGUCCAGACCUUCAAGAGACGGUGCCUACCGCUGCACAUCUUAGUCAACAAUGCGGCGGUCAUGUUGGUCCCUGAGGGUCGUACAGAGGAGGGCUUUGAGCGUCACUUCGGGGUCAACUACCUAGGUCACUUCCUGUUGACCCUGCUGCUGUUAGACACGUUAAAGCAUUCUGGGAAACGCGGUUCCUGCUCACGUGUUGUCACCCUCUCCUCGUCAGCUCACGGUGCUGGAGAGAUACAACUAGACAACCUGCUAAACAGGCAGUGUUAUUCAGCCCAUGCUGCGUACUGCCAGAGUAAGCUGGCACUACUAUUAUUUUCGUCCCACCUGCAACAGAGGCUGGAUAGAGGAGGGUUUUCAGUGAGCUCAUGUGCAGUGGACCCUGGGAUGGUCGACACGUCACUCUACCGCCACCUCUUCCCCCCCGCCCGCCUCGCACAGACAGCCAUUGCACGCCUGCUCUUUAGGUUUGUGUUGUGUCCCCAGAGCCCGACCCAGGGAGCAUCCACGGUCCUCUACACUGCUCUGUCUCCGUCUCUGGAGGGGGAGGGAGGAGGCUACUGGAGCAACGGGCGCACAGAGAUGACAUCACCAAACACCUACGACCCCCAGCUCCAGCUCGGCCUCUGGGACUCCAGCUGCAGACUAGUUGGCCUGCAGGAGCAGCACCAACCAUGACCCCUGACAUUCAACCCCUGAGCUCUAACGCCAUGACCCUGACCCCCAACAUGGGACUAAGACUGGAUGGCUGAGACCCAACACUUCAUCUGUCUGACUGGCGUUAUCUUUGUUUUGACAAUCUCCUCACCACCAGACUGUGAUUGGUUAGUGAAGAGUUAAGUCCCUUCCCAUGCUGUUCAGAUGAAUGUGCUAAUGUGAAUGAAGCAACCUUCUCCCUCUGGCACCGUGAACAUACACACACACUGUGUUAAGAGUGUUCAUAGUGCUGCUAUGAGUGUCUGUAGCACCACUAUGAGUGUUAAUAGUGACCUUAUGACUGUUGGUACACAGAUCAGAUCUUCCAGAACAGAAAGCACCUUCCCUCCAUGGGAGAACUUUGUUUUGUCAUAAGCAAGUGUCAUCAGUGUGUGUGUAUGUGUCUGUGUGUACUUGUCGUCAGUGUGUGUGUGUGCGCACGUGUAUGUGUACGUAUUAUGAUGCGUAGCUCAGUUGGUAGAGCAUGGCGCUUGCAACGCCAGGGUUGUGGGUUCGAUUCCCAUGGGGGGCCAGUAUGAA